AUGGGUUUGCCAGUCAUCGUCUCCUAUUACCUACGCUAUGGCUGGGAAAUCAUCAAGCUCAUCUUACGUGCUGUCAAAAGUGUUUUCUAUCUCACCCUACCAUUGACAAUACUCACUAUCAUUCUCUCGAUAAUCCAAGGCCUCGUUCUUGGCGCAUGGUACCAUGGAAAAUCAGUCAACCAUCCUGCCUUGUUCAUGAACAACAUGAUGACAGUGAAGACAUAUGAAUGGUUCAAAGAGCCUGGAGGCCAAAACCCUCUUCGAAUCCCACGAGCACCUUACCACAUCCAGCAACUGCAUAACCCUCUAGAAUGGACAAAAGAACUGGAUCUUGUCAGACCUCGCGAUUGGAAUACCGACAAUGUUGGAGUCUUGGCAAGUUUUGGAAACUUGCGUCGCAGACGACCCCGUUCUGAGAGAUACAUGAAUUGGCAUCAUUGGAUCUACCUCUCAGCCAAUGAACAGCCUCUGAAUGAAACUUGGAACGCCGAUCCCUGGGAUAAAGCUUUUCUCGACUUACUCGAGCAUAGAGAUAAGCAUGAGUUUUGGGGUCGUUCGAAUUUCCACUACAUCACAUGCCCGGGAAACUUCCUUUGCGACAUCUGGAGUGUCUCAGCCCCAGCAUUGAUCCAUCUCACCAACGAACCGAUAAGACGAAAUGCAACCCAGAAGAGAUCUAUGAAGCCAAUUCUCGAUCCUGUUUCUGUGCGAAUUUUUGAACUUCCUCUCAAGAAAGCAGUUAUCCCUGGCAUCUUUCCUAGUCAAUUCGAACAGAUGCGGUCUAUCACGGCUAGUAACUCAACUUAUUGGGAGACCAGAGACAAGUAUUCCAACUUCGAUCAGGUCCGCGGCCAAGCACUCAAAGUACUGAAGAAGAUGGAAGACAAGUACCCAUCGACAUAUGGCAGGCUUGUUUGGCUGGAGGACAAGUGGGUCAACCUCUGGGGUUCAGACGACGUAACUCUCGUCGCCAUGUCUCGUCAUGGUUCAUUCAUUGCAGCAGCUAGUUCGACCUACUUCGGUGGGCGAAUAUGGAAAAAUGUGCAGAACUGGUGGAAAAGCAGAGAAAAAAGCCAGACAAAAGAAGACGGCAGCGCUCCCCAGCUCACGACUGACAAGGCGGCGGAUGAUCCGGUGGCCCGUCAACUUCAGAAAGUUCUGGACAGCUUAAGUGAGGAAGACAAGGAGAAGUUUGGAAAAACACGACGAGGAGAGAUACUCUUGAACAGGAUACAGAACGGUCUCGAGAAUGAUGAUUGGAAUUCUAGGGAGGAUUUGAUGUCGGACAUUGAGGAUGCCCUAAGGGUGAAGGGGGAUGGCAAGGUGGUCCGUGGCUGA